ACGAUUAUUUAUCGUCUUUCGUUAUUUGUCAACACUAAACAUUGAGUUGAUUGUGAAUGGCGAUAUGAAAAGAAGCAGGUAGUAAAUAAACUACGCAAGUAAAACAAGGUGUAGAAUUGUAGAGACGUGAUUAAUUUAUUUAUGAAUAAACAUAAGCAAAUUCAACGCUGAAAUCAACACUUGUUUUUACUUGACAAUAUAAAGUAGUGAACAACGAUAACAAGAAAAAUACGCAAGCAAUACAAAAUUUAUACAACUCAACAAGAAUGGAAACAGAGAAAGUCCAUGAGAAAACAGCAGCCGAAAAGCUAGCUAAGCGUAAGGCUCGUUUGCGGGAAUUGCACAAACAGCGACAGGAGGCACGUACACAGAAUAAUCAUGAGGUGAUUGCGGAGGAUGCCCGCAAAAAGUUACCCAACAACUUUGAAGCACGUAGACGUCAAGCAGAAUGGCUGAUAGCAGAUGAAAAGGCACGGGAGGAGGCCACACAACAAGGAAAGGAUUAUCAACGCAUAAAAUUAUUGUCUGUUUCAGCAGUUGAUGCUGAGCGUAUUGAAAAGAAGAAACGUAAACAGAAUCCCGAUUUAGGUUUUUCUACUUUCGAAGCUCAAACCGCACGUCAAUACAAUCGUUUGGUUAAGAAUCUGCCGCCACGCGAUAUGGCUAAAUAUGAGCAACAAAAAGAGGAGUUAGGUGAAGCAUUUUAUGGUGGGCCCAAUACUAUUCUACAAGGUUUAGUAAAGGAUAAGAAAUCUUCAAUCGAUAAUAUGGCCAAAGAUCUGGAACAACAAAUCGAACGUAGAAAGAAAUAUUCGCGCAGACGCACAUACAAUGAUGAUGCUGAUGUUGAUUUCAUUAAUGAACGCAACUCUAAAUUCAACAAGAAACUACAUCGUUUUUACGGCGAAUAUACAGCGGAGAUCAAACAGAAUUUGGAACGUGGCACUGCAAUAUAAGCAUAUUUUACAUGCAUUAAGCAAAUAGAAUCUUGCUUUAAAAUGUAAAUAGCUAUAGGCAUAAUAACGCUAAGAAUAUAAAUAAAUAAAAAACUUUUGUUUAACACAA